UGCACCUCUCCGCACUAGUUUCAAUCAGAAUCCCUCGCUUCUCGCCUUGUGUUUAGCCUUGCAGCCUCACCGCACCGCCGCCACCACCGCAACCACCCCUUGCUCCUGGAGAUCGGAUCGAUGGCGUCGGACGCGGCGGCGGCGGGGAAGGGGACGGUGCUGACGCUCCCGGAGUUCGAGCUGAUGGAGAGGCGGAAAAUUCUCUCCAAGGUCAUCGAGUACCGCAGGAAGCACGUCCAGCCGCGCGGCAGCGCCGUUGCCGCCGACGUAGGUGCCGCGGCCACCGCCGAGCCCACCGCCGCGGUCAACCAGGUACUGGAUGAGCCAUUUCUAUGUCAGCAACUGCCUGCUGAGUCUGGACACAACAAUUCACUGACUGUGGCCGUGGUACAUCCUAAGCCUGAGGCGAACGGUCCGGUGCUGGCGGCCACUGCACAUGUUUGUGUCCCAUCCUGCGGCGUUCUUGUCGAGCAGAUCAAGCGCAUCGGCGGGCUAGUUGAUGACUUUAUUUCAGCCAUCGUCGGCCAUUGCACCCCAGCCAAUCAGAUCGAGGAGCACCGUAAGCGUUGCGCUACAUACUCCCAGAAGGCACUAAUGUUCGCGAUCACCACGUUCGCCGCGUACCUGGGUUCUGCAUCAGCCUCCACUGGAAACACGGCCUUCAAGGUCGCCAUUGCAGCCUUCUUCGUUGCUGUCCUUGCUGACCUUACCUCCGUGACGCGUACGCCAAAGUGGGGCAGUUUCUUGGUUUACCUCUCAUGGUUCCUUCUGGUGCUAGUGUCAUACCUCCUACUCGUAUCGUUCAACAAGGACUACAGCUAUGCCAUCAUCCCUGUGCCGCUCCCGAUCAUCGUCGCCCUCCUUCAACACAAACUGCGGCCUGGAGUGAGGCAACAAAGCAACACCGACAUCGAAUCAGCUGGUGAAGCUCUCAACACCAAACACAAAGCUGAUCAAGAUGUCCACACCGAAGCCGAAGCUGCUCAAGAUCUCGACCGCAUCUUCGACUUGGCAGCUGGUAUCGUCAACUGUGGUGGCCUUGUCAGCAUGCUGUUGGGACACUACUUGGUGGGGCCAAACCAACACAUAGCUGUCAGCGCCAUCUGGUUUUUCUUCUUCUUCACUGUCGUUCUCGGCCUCUAUCUGAUGAUGAUCACAACGGUGAGACCUGUGGCGCUCACUCUCCAUGCGAGGCACCUCACCGUCCUACUGAAGGUCCUGCUAGUAAUCACGCUUAUCACCAUCUUGAUCCAUGGAGUUCCCAGCUCAGGGAACGAUUCACAUGCCUAAAAUAACGACCUUAAUUCUUGCCAAAUAUAUACCUGAAUUUUUGUAACCUAUCUGUCUGUCAGAUAAUCCAGGCUUUGGUUCGGUCAGAGCUCGAUCAAGUUGUUUUUGUGGUCGAGCGCGUCCUGUGUUGGUUCGACGCGUGCACGUUCACGCGGGAACAGUUGAGUCCGAGUCUUGCGCGCGCGGCACGAGCGGAGCGGGAGGAUGGCGUCGCUCAUGGAGUUCGUGGCGCGUGCGUCUCGGCCGUAAGGCCACAUUCUGUGUAUUCGCUGCUAUUUAAGUUGGAGUCAGAAAAAGGUGGUUGGUUGGUU